UGAAUUUUUUCCUUUCAAAUCAAAACAAACAAAAACAGAAAACGUGAAAAUUCUCGGAUUAUUGUCUUCUAAAAUGUCCAGUGCAAAGGAAGAGUAUGAAAUCCAACACUACGGAUUCCCCCUGGAGCAAUUAAAAUUCGAUACGAAAGAAAUGAUAAAGCACGAAAUAAACAACGCAAUGAAUAAAAUAUUUUUAUCGCUGAAGAACAAAAAUGUUACAGACACAACUCUAAAGAACAAACUGGAGGUAAAGAGGGAGAAAAUUAUGGGAAAUAUGCAAAAAAUCAUAGAUAGGAAGUUCCAAAAAUUGAACGAAGCCAUCGAUAGGCAUCUAACGAUACCUCCGUAUGUUUUAUUGCCGGAAAAUCAAAUGCACGACAUACGAAAUCCUCAGUACACAGAGGCGGAUGAAAAGGAGCUGAGAGAGCAAUUUGAAGAGAAGAAAAAGCAAUUUGAGGAGAACAUUGCUCUACUCCAGGAAGUGAACAAAAUCAAUGAAGCAUUUUUGCAACUAGAGCCUGCGUUUAACACGGAGAACGCACUCCAUGCCAUAUUGCAGGAAGCUUUGGGGGAAGGUAUGGACACAAGUUCUCUGAAGAAAAACUUACGAGAUAUUUCAGAAAUCGUGGACAAAUUACAAAACAAAUAAAAAAAUUAAUUACAUAUCA